CUAUCCGUAGUAGCGUUCGUUCGCUUCAUCUCGCGAGUCGUGCACUGUGUACGCGACUACGCCAGCGGAUACGUGUCUCAAAAGCCGCACUUUCUCCGCCCGGCACGAUUAAAAGUGAUCAAACAGAGGCGACAUAAAGUAGCGAGAGCGAAAAAAAAAGAGAAUAAAAGGCCUCGUAGGCAAAGGCAACAUUUCCACCCCCAGCGGUCCCUCUGUAUGCAAACAAAGCCAUCUUUUCGCUUAGUGAUUAUGGUGGCGCCGGUUCCGAUAGUGGCGUUCGAAAGUGGAUCGUGAAAAUGAAUCGAUUCCCGGUGCUGAUUUCGACCGGUGGGCGUACCGCUAGCGCGAACACUUUGGACGGUGGAAAGUUAUGCGCCUAGUUGCCUCGAGCUUUUAAUUGGUGUUUAUGCUGGAGCUGGGCAAAUAUCGGUACCGUUCAGAGUUCGUAUUAGCGUACAGGCGCAGCGUGCCAAGCGUGCAGUGUCCCAGCGGAAGUGGUUUAUUAAAUCGCAAAUCCUCUUUGCCGUGCCGGGUGCUGGUGUGUUGCUCUAGUGUUGCUAGUUUCCUGUUAUCAACAUCUCUCUUCUUUCCCCCGGGCCUCAAACCGCUCCAACAAUACGUCUUUCUUUCAACAAAGAAAUUAACGAUGGUUAGUGUCGCGAGUGAACGAACGAUCCGGCGGACACUGGUUCCAACGGGCCGCUGGGCACCACUGCUGGCGCUGCUGCUGCUGCUGGCCGAAUUGGGCCAAAUAUUUGGCUACCACAUCCGGCACAUCGAGGAAGAGCCAAGCCACCAGCUGCAGCAGGAUCUGAUGGACUUUAUCGAUCUCGUACCGUUCGAGGAUGUGCAGCGGCUGAUGCAGUACUACUACCACUACGACGUGGAGGUGGAGAGUGCUUUCGACUACGUGUCGUCCGAGGACUACACGCAGAUCCGGCUCGACAUAGUGAGCCUGGGCGAGGUGCGCAGCUUUCGCCGCUACCUGGACAGCAUCGGCUUUAGCGUGGAGAAGGUGUGGACCGAGCUGAACAAGCGCUUCGAUGCGGACGACAUCUUUGCCGAGCCGGACGAAAGCGUCAGGAUGUUAAAUCUCACCACCAGAGGAUUGAAUGGAUUAGUCGAUGACAUAUUGGCGCUGCUGCCGCAGGACGAAAUAAUCCUACUAUUCUUCGACAAGCUGGAAACGAGCAACGACUUUUCCUUCUUCUUCGAGCAGAUCGGUAGCGGAGAGUUCGAGAACGUCCUUAACACGCUGCAGUCCUCCCAGCAGCUGCGGAUACUUCUCUGGAGACUUCAGCGGCACGGAUUCGAUAUUCCCGGUUGGAUUCAGCUCGUCCAGAAGUAUUUCAGUUUCAGCAGUUUCUGACACUCGACAUGGCAAGAAAAGCUGGGCACAGCUGGACAGCAGCACAUGAAAACAUUCCUCUUUUCAUGUAUCGUUGUGUUUGAAAUAGUAAUAAAGACGUGCUUCCGAAAUAGUUUUGUAAGGUUUCGGUUCAAUGGGUGAAAAUAAAGCAAAUUGAAACACAAAA